AUGAAAAACUUAAACAAAAGUAAUCAUCAAAAAAAUGAAAUUGCACAAAGUGAAAAAUUAUUACGUGAUCUUGACUUGUAUUAAAAAAUAUUUCUAUAAACAAAAUAUGAAAAUAAAAAAUAACAAUCUAUAUCGAUCAGAAGGCUUUUGCCAAAUAAAUAAUUUUCGUAGCAUUAAUAACAAUCAUAAUAAUUAUUUAGUCAUCCAAGUCUUUAAUGUUUUAAUACUUAACUUGAUUAAGAAACUAGCUAUUCUCAUCAUUAAAAAUAAGUAUAAUAUCAAUAUACUUUAGGAAAAAAGAAGAAAAAAAAUUGCCAUCUCUAUGAUUGAUUGCACUAAAAUUUUUUAAAUUUCCAAUAAAACCUAAUAUUAACCACAAAACAAACCUCUAUAGUCGUUAAUGCAAAAGAUUGUCAUUGUAAACCAUCAAGGUAGACCAUAAACCUAUUAUAUGAAAUGA